AUGCGCGACGUACAUCACGACCCCGAGGACUUGUUGGGUGAGGAAGACUCCAUGCCGGUCUGCACUGACGAUGUGCCGAUCAAAGAAAUCAGCAUCACUCAUCACGUGAAGGAAGGAUCAGAGAAGGCCGACCCUCGACAGUUCGAGCUCCGCAAAGUCCUCGGACAAGGAUCCUUCGGCAAGGUGUUUCUGGUGAAGAAGGUGACGGGGCCAGACGCUGGUCAGCUGUACGCCAUGAAGGUCCUGAGGAAAGCAACACUGAAAGUGCGUGACCGGGUCAGGACAAAGAUGGAGAGAGACAUCUUGGUGGAAGUCAAUCAUCCUUUCAUCGUCAAGCUACACUACGCGUUUCAGACGGAGGGGAAGCUCUACCUGAUCCUGGACUUCCUCAGAGGAGGAGAUCUCUUCACUCGUCUCUCUAAAGAGGUGAUGUUCACAGAGGAGGAUGUAAAGUUUUACUUGGCGGAGCUCGCUCUGGCUCUCGAUCAUCUUCACGACCUCGGCAUCAUUUACAGAGACCUCAAACCUGAGAACAUUCUGCUCGAUGAGGAGGGACACAUCAAGCUGACUGACUUCGGCCUCAGUAAGGAGUCCAUAGACCAUGAGAACAAGGCGUACUCCUUCUGUGGGACGGUGGAGUACAUGGCUCCCGAGGUGGUGAACAGGCGAGGACACACACACAGCGCCGACUGGUGGUCAUACGGUGUUCUGAUGUUCGAGAUGCUGACGGGAACGCUGCCGUUUCAAGGAAAAGACCGGAAAGAGACGAUGACCAUGAUCCUCAAGGCGAAGUUGGGAAUGCCGCAGUUUCUGAGUUCAGAAGCUCAGAGUCUCCUCAGGAACCUUUUCAAACGCAACCCGGCCAACAGAUUAGGUAACGGCUCCUCUCAUCAAGUCAUUUAG